GAAGCGGGACUUGGAGCAUCUGGACCGAAUGAACAUCGUCCUUGUUUACGCCGGCAAUGUUCUGAACCGAACAAUUUUGAACGCCGCGCAGGUCGUCACGCAGAUCUUCGUGGACGAAGCUGCGCAUGCGCUUCAGCUGGUCGCGGCCCGAGACGCGGCGUUUAGCCGGGAAUACAGCAAACUGGCGUACUUGGCUGGCGCUUGCCGCCGUUGGGCCACAGAAGAGGCGGCUGGGCCCGACUUGGCAGCCUUCGUGUUGGGCCUGCAGGAGAUGGACCUCGUGAAGCUGGGGCCGAAGUCGGAGUGCCUUCGAAAGAAUGCAUUUCGCAUCAACUCCUGCCAGGUCUGUGAGGCAGCUGGCGCGCUGUGGCUCAUGUGCCACGUGUUGGCUGAUGAGUGUGGCAUUGGAAAAGGCCCGAAUGCAUGGCUGGCUGUGCCGCAAUUUGAAGGACAAGCUGUCGCUGGGUGGUCCGAUUCCCGAGUCAACGACAAACUUGCUGCAGAAAAUGGCGAGAAGAAUGAGAUGUUCGCAAAGCGGCCGACCUUCUUGUCCAAAGCGGCUGCGUAUCGUGACAGCUGCCUGGCUUUCCUCACAGCAAAGGAUGACUACGACGCAUCGUGGACCGAGGCUGUGACCGAGGGCAGGCCCGAGCAGAAUGUCGUGGGCCGAUGCCAGGUGCCAGGCCAACUGAACGAGGGACACCGCCUCUUUGUGUUGUCUGCGGAGUUGUUCCACGAGGAUGCCAAGACGCCGUGGAUUGCCGGGACCGACGCGUACACGAAGAGCAAGGUCCAGGAGUUCAAGAAGGCCAUGCAGUUCAUGAAGCUGCAGGCCACAGGGUCGGGCGACGUCAUCCUCAUCGGCUACGCCGGCAACUGCCGCCUCCGGAGGCUCGUAGAGGACGAGUUCAAGGCACAGACCCGCCCCAGCCAUGUGGGCAGCGUGUCUGUCUUCUUCUCGAAGCCUCCGAGGCCGGGCCGACACGUCUUUGCCUCCACGGAGAGCUGGAAUGGUCUCCUGUGGUGUAGGAGUGCCCGG